UAAAAGCCCCACUGUUUCCCUUUGACAUCCAGAACCAGCCACUCCUCUCUCUGGCACUGCAGCCAUGAACACCUUCCCGCUCGCCGCACUGUGCCUCCUGGGAACCUGGGCUGCCCUGGCAGGGGGAGUCACUGUGCAGGAUGGAAAGUUCUCCUUUUCUCUGGAGUCAGUGAAGAAGCUCAAGGGCCUCCGGGAGCUCCGGGGGCCCAGCACUGACAGCGGAGUGCAGUUUGAUGGGCCUGUGGCUCCCGAACUCUGUAGCUCUACUGAGUUUCCUGCAGAACUCAAGCCUGUCUGCAAGGAGCCCAACGCCGAAGAGAUCCUGGGGAGGCUGGAGGUCAUCGCCGAGGACCCGAGCACAUGUGAGCUCUGUGCCUACGCUGCCUGUGCUGGAUGCUAGGACAGCAGGAGCUCGCUGUCCCUCCCCCGCAGAAUGCUCCCACUCCUGGCAUCUUUAUCGACCCUGCCCCCAAUGGAGGACCAAGGAGAGAGCAGCCUGGGGAGACCCAGCCCCUGACCCCAUCAGAGCUGCCAGCUGCUGGCUGCUUCUCCAACCUGCCUCUAAUAAACCAGAUUCCAGAGUA